CAAAGAAUCCCCCAAAUGUUCACAAUUGCAUCAGAGAGAAAUGCAAGACCAAGGAAAGCACAGAGCAAACUAGGCAGCAAACCAGAAUCAAGAUUUCGUUACAAAACAACUUGGCGGAGAAGGCGGCGGCGUGGUGGUGCUACUUAUGGAGAUACUUCACAGCAACAAUCCUCCCGUCGAACAGCUGCCCCAAGUAAACCGACCCGAACCCACCGUCCCCAAUCUUCCUCUUCGCGAAUCCUCCUCCGCAACAAGCGCCUUCAAGUGCCUGGACCUGAAAACCGCCGCCACAAUCAAAACCACGAGAAGCAAACACAUCACCGUGAAAAUCGAGCAGAGGAUCGCAAUCUGAUUCGUAUCCUCGUCGCGAAUCCAUGGCGAAAUCCGGGCGGCGGGGCGGAGCGAAAUCCCUGCUGUGAUGGGUGGCGGAGCGGGGCGGAAGAGCAGGCGGGGAGGAGGCGGAGAGGGGUUUUGACGAGGGAGCAGUCGGAAGGGCAGAGAGAGCAAUUGGGGAGGCUGGGAGGGGAGCAAGAGCGGAGGGCGGAGAGGCGAGAGCAGGAGGAGUCGGCGAGGCGGAAAGCGGAGCCGGAGAAGUGGAUGAAUGGAGGGAGGGCGGAACAGUUAUGGCGGGGGAGAAGGAGACGAGGGGAGAGGGAAAGGGAAGAGGAAUUAGGGCGGAAGGCUAGGACGGAGAAGGAGGUGUUUGCGAGGGAGAGGAUGGAGUGAGGGGAAGCGCAUUUGAGAGUGAA